CCCACGUGCUGCAACAUGGCCUCCACUUGGGAGGAGAUAAAUCCUUCCCUUUCUCCUCAAACUCUCUCUGUACUGAGGGAUAAUGGCUUCUUCUCUCCCACUCCAGUGCAGUCUCUAGUAUUGCCUCAUUUUCUAAGUAAUAAGGACGUUUCUGUUCAAGCAGUUACGGGGUCAGGGAAGACACUCUCGUUUGUUAUUCCCGUCAUAGAAAAACUCAAAAAGAGGAAACAAAAAUGGAGGAGAGGAGAGACUGGUGCUAUUGUGAUACUACCAACACGGGAAUUAGCCGUCCAAGUCUCUGAGGUUUUUAAUUUAUUUAUUACUGGGGCGGGAAUCUCGCUGCGACAGUUAAUCGGAGGUAGCCAAGAAGUGGUGAAAGAUGUGAGACUCAUAAACGAAGAAGGUGGUAUAGUCGUUGUAGCUACUCCUGGUCGACUGGCCGAUCUGUUGGAACGAAAGGAUUGUCACCUUGCAGCUGGUGUUAGAUCACUGGAGAUUCUGAUAUUAGAUGAAGCCGACCGUCUUUUAGAUCUUGGAUUUGAAGCAACGUUAAAUACUAUAUUGAGCUAUCUACCAAAGCAAAGGAGAACGGGCCUAUUUUCAGCUACUCUUAGGCACGAGGUCGAAAUGCUAAUAAGGAGUGGACUCAGACAUCCUGUUAAUAUCACACUUUCAUCGGAGUCGAUGGAAAGCACUGUCCCGGAUUCGCUAAUAAAUUACUACAUAGAAGUUCCGCCCAAAGAUAAACUUUCUCAUCUCGUUGGUUUUCUCUCUCAUCAUGAAACAGAGAAAUUACUUGUAUUUUAUGCAACAUGUGCUGGAGUUAGCUAUUUCUCAGACCUAAUUAAAAGGUUACUGCCUUCUUUAAAGGUCCUGGCAUUACAUGGUAAGAUGAGAGAGAAGAGACAGUCGCUGUUUGAAUCUUUCAUGGACAUGGAAAGUGGCGUCCUGAUGUGCACUGACGUAAUGGCUAGAGGUAUAGAUAUACCCGACGUUGAUUGGGUGCUACAAUUUGAUCCUCCUUCGUCUGAAAAAGCUUUUAUUCAUCGCUGCGGCCGAACAGCAAGGAUGGGAAGGCGUGGUCAUAGUUUAACGUACCUUGUUCCUCCAUCAGAGCUGGCAUAUGUUGAAUACAUGCGCAUUAGUGAAGGAGUCACUUUGGAGUUACUCCCAGAGACAGAAAUUGGGAGAAUACCAUCAUCUUCUGCCUUGAUAGAGAGGGCGAGGGCAGAGCUCUCGAAAGAAAGGGAGUUUUAUGAUAAAAGCGUAAGAGCUUUUGUAUCGUUUGUCAGAUUUUACAGUAAACACAGCUACCACCUAAUAUUCAACAUGAAAGUUCUAGAUCUUGUCUCACUUGCUUAUGGGACUUUUGCUUUGCUCCACUUACCAAAAAUGCCUGAACUGAAGGGAAAGGACACCUCUCAAUUUGAGGCUCACCCAAUCAGUCUUGAAGCAAUACCAUUCAAAGAGAGAAGUAGAGAGAAGCAAGCACUGGCACUUAAAAGAAAGAAAGAGGCUGCUUGGAUGGCUAAGGCUGAAGCUAGAAAGAAAUUUCUAAAGAGAAAAAAUAGGGAAGAGAGACGCAUAUCCAGGAAAAACACAAGGCAAAAUAAACAUACCUUUUCUGCUUCUGAAUUGGAUGAGCUUGCUAAAGAAGCACGUUUGGUUAAACAGUAUAAAGCCAGAAAGAUUUCAAAAGAAGAUUUGGAGGCACAAUUAGACUCUUAACUGUUGCCAUUGAUGAUUAAUUUUUUAAUUUUAUUCAUGCACAGUAUACUUAAUUUAA